AAAGAUUUACCUACAGAUUUGUAAAUCUGACGCCAACAUCAUAUACCUAUCUUCGUUCAGUAAUGCGUUUUGAGCGUCGUCUGCUGGCCGAGUCAGAGAAAUAUACCAUCGGAUUAUUAUAAUUUUUUUCUUCAGGAAUCCGUCAUUUGUUUUCGAUUCGAUUAACGAUCGUACAUGCAUCUCCAUUCGGCGAUUCCCGCAAAUGCACAGAAAUUCUGACAGGAAAAAAGGGACUGUCAAGCAAAUCUUGAUCCCACAACAUAACAAACAGUGUUAUUUGUUUCCUCUUUUCAUCUUGGGUUUUUGAACGGGCUCUAACCACCAGUUGAAUUAAUGCACAGAUAUGAUACAGGAGGCAGAGAGGAAUUCAGGCCCCUGAACUACCAAAGCUACUUUUUGGAGACACGUAAAACAGCAAUUAAUUGCUUUUAGCUGUAGAGGGUGACAGUCAGAUAAGCAGAGGUUUGCGAGUAUCUUUUUUUUACCUGUAAAACUAAUUGGAGAACUGCAGCACAGAUUGUGCUGCAUUCUCCAAAAUAGAUUCUUACAAAAUUCAACGUUUAGGGUCAGCAGGCAAUUUGCCGCAGAGUGGGGAGUACCCCUCUGCACCAGUUGUUGCUCGGAGGGUCAAUUCAUCCUACACAAUGAUGAUGGAUGAUGAUGUUGAGGAAGCGCUCGCACCUUAUCAAGAUAAGCCCAGGACAUUCCCAAUCAUGCGGAGCAAAUCUAAAACACCAUGGAUUUUAAGAGUCCUCUUCGGGCUGAACAGGCGAGUUUAUUAUCUACUUUCUGUGCUCGUGCUUGGGGCUCUCUUCUACAUUGGAGUGAAUACUUCACCUAUUAUAGUUUUUGUCUUUGGCUUAUGCUCACUUAGCCUAAUAUUUGCACUUUACCUUGCCACCUGGGUGCUUGCAAAGGAUGAAGGACCGCCUGAAAUGAGUCAGAUUUCAGAUGCAAUUCGAGAUGGGGCAGAGGGUUUCUUUAGGACCCAGUAUGGUACUAUUUCAAAAAUGGCAAUCUUGUUAGCAUUUGUCAUUCUUGGUAUCUAUAUGUUUAGAAAUACGACUUCACAGCAGCAAUCAUCCGGACUUGAAAGGUCAUCAUUAGCCUUCAUAACUGUAAUAUCUUUCCUUCUCGGAGCAUUAUGUUCAGGAAUUGCAGGAUAUGUUGGUAUGUGGGUGUCUGUGCGUGCAAAUGUUAGGGUUUCUAGUGCUGCUAGACGGUCUGCAAGAGAAGCAUUGCAGGUGGCCACUCGUGCAGGAGGCUUUUCAGCUAUUAUUGUAGUCGGUAUGGCAGUCAUGGGAGUAGCAGUUCUAUAUGCUACCUUCUAUGUAUAUCUGGGGGUGGACCAGGCAAAUUCCAUGAAGGUUACCGAAUUGCCUCUUCUUCUUGUUGGUUAUGGAUUUGGGGCCUCGUUUGUGGCACUUUUUGCCCAGCUUGGUGGAGGAAUAUAUACAAAGGCAGCAGAUGUAGGAGCUGAUUUGGUUGGUAAAGUGGAGCAGGGGAUCCCUGAGGAUGAUCCUCGUAAUCCUGCUGUCAUUGCUGACUUAGUUGGAGACAAUGUAGGUGAUUGUGCAGCUCGGGGUGCUGAUCUUUUUGAAAGUAUUGCUGCAGAAGUAAUUAGUGCUAUGAUACUUGGGGGAAGCAUGGCUAAGCGGUGCAAAAUUGAAGAUCCAUCUGGUUUUAUUCUCUUUCCACUGGUUAUACAUUCUUUUGAUUUGGUAGUAUCUGCAUGUGGGAUACUUUCUAUUAGAAGUACACGUGAUCCGAGCGUGAAGUCACCUGUAGAAGAUCCCAUGGCAAUACUCCAGAAAGGAUAUUCUAUCACUAUAUUUUUGGCACUUAUUGCUUUUUUUGGGUCUACUCGUUGGCUUCUCUAUACUGAUCAAGCUCCUGCAGCCUGGUUACACUUUGCACUGUGUGGGCUAGUAGGAAUCAUAACAGCAUAUGUUUUUGUAUGGAUCUCUCAAUACUAUACAGAUUACAAAUAUGAACCUGUACGAACAUUGGCACUAUCAUGCUCUACAGGACAUGGCACUAAUAUAAUUGCUGGAGUUAGCUUGGGUCUUGAAUCCACAGCUCUUCCUGUUAUUACUAUUUCUGUAUCAAUUAUUUCUGCUUACUGGCUUGGCCGUACUUCAGGUCUUGUUGAGAGUGAUGGAACUCCAACAGGUGGUCUCUUUGGCACAGCUGUAGCCACCAUGGGAAUGCUCUGUACAGCAGGAUAUGUUCUGACAAUGGAUAUGUUUGGACCAAUAGCUGAUAAUGCAGGUGGAAUUGUGGAAAUGAGUCAACAGCCUGAUAGUGUGAGAGAAAUCACAGAUCUACUUGACGCAGUAGGAAACACCACGAAAGCAACCACCAAGGGCUUUGCAAUUGGGUCUGCUGCACUGGCCUCUUUUCUUCUAUUCAGUGCCUACAUGGAUGAAGUUUCAUCUUUUGCCCAUCAACCUUUCAAUCAGGUUGAUAUAGCUAUUCCGGAGGUGUUUGUUGGAGGCCUGUUGGGUUCAAUGCUUAUAUAUCUGUUCAGUGCAUGGGCAUGUGCUGCUGUUGGUCGAACUGCACAGGAAGUCGUCAAUGAAGUGCGGAGGCAGUUUAUUGACCGCCCUGGCAUAAUGACUUACCAGGAGAAACCAGAUUAUGGCCGUUGUGUUGCAAUAGUAGCAUCUGCUUCGCUUCGAGAGAUGAUAAAGCCUGGUGCUUUAGCAGUUAUAUCUCCCAUUGUCACUGGUAUCGUGUUUAAGAUUCUAGGACAUUACACCGAUCAGCCUUUACUUGGUGCCAAAGUUGUUGCCUCGAUGUUAAUGUUUGCAACUGUCUCUGGUAUCCUGAUGGCCUUGUUUCUGAAUACUUCUGGAGGUGCUUGGGACAAUGCAAAGAAGUACAUAGAAAGUGGUGCUCUUGGAGGAAAAGGAAGUGAGGCUCAUAAAGCAGCAGUAACCGGAGACACAGUUGGAGAUCCAUUCAAAGAUACUGCUGGGCCAUCACUCCAUGUGCUCAUCAAAAUGCUUGCAACUAUUACGUUGGUUAUGGCACCGAUGUUUUUGUGAAUGUGCUGCAGGAUCAGUUAUUUUAAACUAGUAGCUGCAGUAUUCUUUAUGAUUUCUCUGGACAAAGAAGCUUAUGAAGCAAUAUAACUCAGUAGCAUCUGUUUUUUUGGACGUUGGGUGUAUAUUUCAGAGUUAUAACCAACUUUGAGCUAACCCUCUGAGAAAAAGCCACAACUACGGACAGCCAAUUAGUUAGGGCCACUAGGGCAGCUUGAGUUGAGCGGAAUCUUUGUGGUGAUAAUUAUAUGCCCAAUGUUUUUAUCUUUAGGUAAUGUGGGUUCAGUAAACAGUUAUGACUAGGAUCAAUAUUAACAAAAUGUAGCUUUUAUGGUGCAUAUGAUUGAUUUCUGUGGGCUACAUGUGUUAUGUUGUAUGGGACAGGAUCUGACAAUUUUUUCGGUCUGCACAGAAUGCACUCAUCAUGGACUACUCUAAAAGUCCACUGUUUGUCCUAUGAUGUCAAGGAUUCUAGAUAUUACUUGUCAAAAUUUGAUGCCUAGCAGGAUGGAUAUUAAGUUCAUCUUCUGAUGUCAGAAUUCCAAGGAUCAAAACCAUCAGGGGUUGUAGUAUAAUCUAAUGAAAAGAUUGAGAGGUGUUACUGGUGCAAUGCUAUUUGAUUACUUAAAUAAUAAAUUACAAAUUGGUAUA